UAAACCUGUAAAUGGAACUCAAGGAAAGAAUGGAAUCUAUCAGCUGUAACAAUUACGAAAAUAUACUACAUAUAACUAACAGACAUUGAUCAGAAUAGUAAAGCAUUUUACAGCUGUAUUAAGGGUCAUGAUCUACCUAGAACAUCUAGGCACCACACGUCAGAAAACAGCAGUAACAAAAUUCAUUACCAGUUCUUUAAUGAAAACAAGUGUGCGAAAACAGCGCACACACGCUGCUCCACUAAUGCAGAGAAACUAUCUGUCUUAAAUGAGCCGCUUUCAAGAAGCUCUGGCUGGUGUAACACUAAUCUCCUACCAAAGUCCAGGGAGUUCUGCCCAUCUAAAGUUUGUGCUGGAAGCAUAAAACGUACAACAGUAACUACCACCAUGCCAGUACCUCUUAGAAUCCUGAGGAAAAUACUCUUUUGGUAAAGACACCUCAUACCUAGGAAAGGCCACAAUAUAAAAGCUGGAGGUAACACCUCUUUCACGAUUUCCACAGUACAUCCCGUGGCAGGAACCAGGAGCCAGAGGAAAUUUUUUACCUCUGUAGGAUCUUCAUUCAUCCGUGUGUUAUUUUAAGCUUUCCUUCACAGGCUUAGAGCAAAUUGAAAGCACUGGAAAACGCAUAGCCUUUACUGAAAAAUUCAUCACCAGAGCAAGGAAAGGUGUUUAAUAUAGCAGCAACGUGCACACACACAACCCACGCUACUGCGGAAUUAAGAAUUCGGCUAACAGAAACGUUUAAGGGAGACGAGUGAGGGGGAUCCCUGAACUCCAGGGCUCUGCAAUGCCUCAGCGGCAGCUCGCCCGCCGCCUGUGGCCGCCGGGACGCAGCUGCCGCGCCGGCCCCGCCAUGUGGCGGCAGCGGGAACACCGCAGCUCCGAGCCGGGCGGGGAAAAUGGCGCCCGGGAGCAGCCGCCGCCUCCAGGGAGAACGCUGCGAACGCUUCUAGCGUGCACCUACACACACGCACAAAAUGGGAAAGAAACAGAAUGGCAAAGGUAAAAAAGUUGAAGAGGCAGAGCCUGAAGAAUUUGUUGUGGAGAAAGUCCUGGACAGACGUGUUGUGAAUGGAAAGGUGGAAUACUACUUGAAGUGGAAAGGAUUUACAGAUGCUGACAACACAUGGGAACCUGAAGAGAACUUAGAUUGUCCAGAGCUAAUUGAAGCUUUUCUGAACUCUCAGAAAGCUGGUAAAGAAAAAACAGAUGGUGCCAAAAGAAAAUCUUUGUCAGAUAGCGAAUCUGAUGAUAGUAAAUCAAAGAAAAAGCGUGAUUCUGUUGAUAAACCAAGAGGGUUUGCAAGGGGUCUUGAUCCUGAGCGGAUAAUUGGGGCUACGGAUAGCAGUGGAGAGCUUAUGUUCCUCAUGAAAUGGAAAGACUCUGAUGAGGCAGAUCUGGUGCUGGCCAAAGAAGCUAAUGUGAAGUGUCCUCAGAUCGUAAUCGCUUUUUAUGAAGAACGGCUAACUUGGCAUUCAUGCCCAGAAGAUGAAGCACAAUAAUUGUUUGCAUUGCUUUUUUUAUAUAUAAGAAUAUUAAAACCCCAAAUUUGAUUUAUUAGCAAUGUGAGAAGCAUACAUUCUAACAAGUUUCAAAUUUGAUAUUUUUUUGAAGUAGUAUGUUUUGCAUCAACAGCAAGUAAAUAAAAGCUUUCUGCAACUUGUUUCAUUUACCACAAGAGAGCAUUUGAUACUACUACUUCCUCCAUAUUAGGUAAAAGCUUUUAUAAAACAUUGAUAAACUUCCUUAGUUAUUACAGAAUCAUAAUGAAUGUCUAAACAAACUCACAGAUGUUUUGUAGUCUUCUAUACUAUUGAUGUGCAUGUAUCUUCUUUACCCAAACCUAGCCCUUUAAACCUGUAAGGUCAUUCUUUUUAGUAUUUGGGAUCACUUGGUCUUAAGAAGACCAGGUGAAAACUAACUUUGUAGUAAUUUGAAUGUUAUCAGACUGUAUAUUGUUUACUUUAUUGUAAAUACUGGUGAGCAGUGGUCAAUAAAAUAGUUUUAUAUUCUUCCUUUAUACUGAUAGGCUGUGACUCUUUUGAAGCGGGGUAUUUCUCAACUUUUGAUAUGUUAAACUCAGUUUGUAAUAUAUUUAACUGUAAGUUGUUCUCUCGGGGGGUAGGUUGAUUAUUAAUAUUACCCCACUGCUACUCUUAUCAGAAUAUUGGAUAAGUACCAGGCUUUGAUUAUUAGUUGGAGGUUUUUGUGAAUACUGUCUGAGACACGGGUUUUCCUCAGUCAGGAAGGGCCUAUAACAUUAAUGUGCUUCAGGUACUCCUGUAAGUCACAGAUUGCAACCACACAACUUAGGUACAGCAGUUAGUGACAAGGCCAAGUAGCCUCUGCAGGCAUACUAGGAAAUAUUUCACAUGUAUUGACAGUAUUAGCCCUUGCUUUAAUUUCAGUUCUUAAUAAGAGGCUAUAGUGUACUCUAGGGCUGGUUCAGAUGGAAUUAUUCUUCAGGCCGUCACCUCAAGUAUACUUACAUGGCUCAGCUUUUAAAGUGGAAUAUUUAAAUGAAGAUACUUAAGUCAUAUACUUGGAGCAAAAGACUUAGUUUCUAUUUCAGACUGAAUUUUGAAAUUAGUCCUGUAAUCAACUGCUUGGGUAAUACCUUCAGAAGGGCAAAAGUAAAAGGUGGGGAACUCAGGAAGAGUAAAGUUGCCGUUCAUCUUUUCACUUGGUUUUAUCUAAACACCGUCUUCGUGUUUUGGCUGCCAUAAUAUAGUUUGCCUUAAGCUGUGCUUAUAUGUCAAUGGCCAAGAUUAUUUCAGAAUUAUCCUUAAUUUAGAGUUUUGACUAAAAAAUAUAAUCCUGUAGUACACUGUCAGUGUCAAUAGACUCAUAGAAUGGUUUUGGGUUGAAAGGGACUGUGAAGAUCAUCUAGUUCCAACCUACCUGCCAUAGGGAGGGACACUUUUCACUAGACCAGGUUGCUCAGAGCCUCAUCCAACCUGGCCUUGAACACUUCCAGGGAUGGGUUGUCAACAACUUUUCUGGGCAACCUGUUCCAGUGCCUCACCACCCUCAGAGUAAAAAAUUUCUUCCCAUAAUAUCUAACCUAACCCUACUCCUGGUUUGGAGCCAUUUCCCCUUGUCCUGUCACUACAUGCCUUUGUAAUUCCUCUCCAGCCUUGUAAACCUCCUUUAGGUCCUGGAAGGUGCUCUUAAAUCUCAUUGGAGCCUUCUCCAGGCUUAAUCCCAACUUUCUCAGCCUGUCUUCACAGGAGAGGUGCUACAGCCUUCUGAUCAUCUUUGUGGCCCUUCUCAAAGGUGAGACAGUUGGGAUUGCCUGAGUGUUUUUUCAGAAGAUUAAAAGAAGGAGAUAUUCCUGGAAAUCCUCAUAUAGUGUGCAUAGCCUGAAGAGUGAAGGAAUGAAUCCAGUCUGUGCUUGAUGUUCUUUUGAUACUAUUUCACAAAUCAUUACUAUAAUUAUUUGUCAUUUCAAUAGUUUCAAAAGGCAUUUCUAUUGCGAAACAAAGCCUGCCACCAUAGAACACCUUCUUAUAGUUAAACAGCAGUGGCUAAACUUGCUAUGUGAACUUUUUCCUAAAGAUUUUUUAUUACUGGUUUUGGGCAGAAUUCAGUCUGUCUGUGGCUCUAGGAAAAAUCUGAUAUUCCUGUUAACAUGGGGCUCCCUUGCACCAGAUAAUGCUAAUUUGAGCAAUUAACUAACCUCUCUUGCCAAUUCCUUAGACAAAUCACCCCGAUUUGAUCACAUUUAAGACUUCUACAGAGUUCAUGGCUUAAUUUUUGGGAGCCUGUAAUAGGAAUAUUUAUACACCUAGUAUAUAGGAUUCUGAAAUCCUUGUUUUUUUAUCCAGUAGCUUGAUAAACACAUGGGCUGAAGAGGAAUUUCAAAGCAGCUUGUAUUCUCCUGCCAGUUUCUUCAGUAUGGAGUACUUUGUAAAGAGUCUUAAAACUGUUACUGUACAAGUCGCAUUUUACUGCCUGAAGCUUUGCAGUUUCUGUAACACAUUUCAAGUGUGGAUAUCAAGUCUGUGUGAAGUUGCUGAUUUGAAGCAAUACAGGUUAAACAGUUGUUUUUAAUUAUUGGUUAUUGUUAGUGGUAGACAAAGAUUUUUGUUGAAAGGUUGGUUCUCCUCAAUUUGUAACCCUUAAAACACAGAUUUGUAACUAUAUGCAGCUUUUUACCUUAUAUUUGGUUCUUCCUUCUGACUUAAUAAAAAUUACACUGAAUUCACUUUUAAACAACUUUGCAGCUUGUUAGACAGUUCUUUAGAUUGCUGAUUUUUUUAUGUUAUGAUGGUAAAUAUGCUGACUGGUAUUUGUUUCCUUUUUUUUCUCCUCACUUUGUGUCAAACUGAGUUUUGCUAGUAACGAAAUGCAACACUUUAAAGUUACAAGUUAUGUAAAGUUAUGCUGAAUGUGCUGCAUACAUAGGCAAAAAGUUAACAAAUGUUAUUAAUUUAAAAUUUACUGAUUAAAUAAAUGAGAUAUCUUCUGUA